CGUAGCCGAAAUGUGAUUGCCUCCUCCACAGGAUGAAUGGGACAGAGGUCCUUUCCAACAUCACCGAGGAAGGGAACGUGACCUUCCCCACAUUCCAGUCCCGUGAUGUCCGGCCCGAUCGAGGAGGGGGAGCAGGGUUUCUGGACGAGCCACAUGUGAUAUUUCUGGCGUGCAUCGCCAUUCUCGCUCCACUACUCUGUGCCACCGGCGGCGUCCUCCUGCUCAGGCGGCUGUGGGUGAAGCUAUCAGAGGACGAGCGACGACGGCGCUUACGGCGGCGAUGGGGGAAAGGGAGAGAAUCGGGUGAUAUGAGUUGUACGACCCAGACGACCCUGUUUAACCUGAAACCUCAUUCUCGUGCCUCUUGCCAUCAUCCCAUUCUCAGAGAUCCAUCUUCCGAUAGCCGGAUGAUCCUGCUGGACUGCAAGGGGGCUAAGAGCGACGGCGAAGGAGGCUCGGGCCUCCUGGGCUUCCCCAGCGUCCAUAGCAUCACUGUUCUCAUGGAGGACUCCCGACUCGUCGUCGAAAUCGAGGAACAACAACAGCAACAGGAACCAGAGGUAGAGGAGGAGAAGGAGGAGGAGAAACGGAAGGAGGAGAAGGAGGAGGAGAAACGGAAGAAGGAGAAGGAGGUCAUGAUGAAGCAAGUGGAGGAGCACGAGGAGGAGUGCAAAGGACCUGGAUUGAGUCAAUCGGACGGGAGCCUCCAUUAUGACGAGAAUCCCACCUAUAGAUACGGGAAUCAGAUCGAAUACCUGGGUGGCUCCUUCGGUUACCCCUGUGAUACCAGUUAUCAUCAUCAAAGAUUCACCAAGGCAAGGGCGAUGUCGCUGCCCUACCAUUCGCGGACUCUCUAUUCUUCUUCGUGA